UUCGCACACAGUUUAAAACCAGUUUUGAAGAACGGAGUGGCAACUUGUUUGGUGUGAGAGCUAUAUUUUUGCUAACUCGUUCAUAAGCAGUCUUUAAUACGUUCUUAGUCAGUUUAAACCCGUUUGCAAUUAGUUCUACCUCGUUCUCAAUACGUCCUCGGACAGUUCAACUCGUUGUAAAAACGUAAAAUACGACGGUUUCGUUCGUAGUACGCCCAGCUCGUCGUUAGUACGUUGUAACUCGUUCUAAUUGUAGAACGUGACGACCACGAGAACAUUUUGAGCAUGUUCUAAGUUCUAGAGGACCUACCCGUUCGUGUACGUUCGAUGAAGUUUGUAAAUAGACCCCAAACGGUUCUAAGUACGUCCAGUACGUUCGUACACAGUUGAAGCCCGUAUUCGAGAACGUAGUGAAAACUAGUUUGGUGUGAUAGUAGGGUUAGAAAGAAAGCUGGUUGGGGAAUAAAGUAGGUGCAGCCAGCUAUGAUAGUGAUUAUGUUGAAGAAGUGGAUGUUAGAGUGUUGUUCAAAUAAAAAGCAUUUUUAUCCUUUUAUAUGAUUUCCGUAUAUGAUCAAGAGGGGCCUUGAUGACGUUCUUUUUCGAGAUGACUGUGACUGGUACAAUACCUAUGAAGGCAUUUGUAGACAGGAACGCACCACUAAUUUUAUUGAUGACAUUUCCCAUUAUAACUCUCUAAAUACUUAUUCCACCUUUAAGAACCAUCCAUACCAAGAAAAUUAUCUAAAACAAGACUUUGAUUUUUAUGGUUCUAGACUCAAAUUUCUUGCAAGAACCAACAAUUUUUGCCUUGAAUCCAAUUACUCUGUAUGGGGCAAAAGUGAUGGCAAAUGUAAACUUUGUAGUUUGAAUGUAC